AUGAAGAGCUCGCUUGCCGGCACCCCCAAUAGCUCUGAGACCAAUGAGGCUCAAGUGGCGGACUCGGGAGCAAGCACUGCCACCGAAGAGCUCUGCCCAGAUGAUUUGUGCCCAGCUGACUUCGUUGGCUGCUGGUUGGACAGCAAUGGAAACACCAUCCAUGUCAUGCCCAGCAGAGCCAGUAACAGCUGGUUGGUGGCUCAUCUGAACCGUUCAGGGCAGCGUCAGCUUCGCCUCAACCUAUGGCGUUCGGAGGCCACUUCCCAGUGGGUCUGUGGCAACGCACGGCUGGAAGAAUGUGCUCGAGACCAAUUGCUGUGGCGCUUCGGAAGUGGCCGAACGUCUACGUGGGUCAGAAGUGAAGCUGUGGGCAACCACCAGGCUUGGCAGAAUUUCAGCUCGGAAGAUGGCUAUGGACCAUGGCAAAAUGCCCCAGCUGGAAAAUCUCUCCCAAAGGCGGCAAGUUAUGACACUCCCGGAGCUGGAGAGGUCAUCAGCCUGUCCGACGUGGCAAAGAUGAUUUCCAACGGCACAGUGGAUACCAUGUUUGUGCCCGAGAAGCAACAGGACAAGACACAUGUGCUCUUUCAUCACUCCAAAGAACAAACAAGUUUGGGUGUCUUGGCGCACAGUUUUCUAACAUGUUAUAACCUUUUCACAGGUCAUGAACUUACAAAAACACAACGGAGCUCUAAAAUGCCAUCCUUUUCUGCCGUUUCGAUUGGAUCAUUGGCCAUGCUCAAGGGUCAACUGAGCCAGCUGGGUAUGUUUUAA